GGCUCCGUGACUCAAGCUUAAGAGGAGUCUGAGGCGGGCAUCGCUACAGAAGGAAGUACCGCUCGGCCCAAGUAAAACAAAGACUUUCCUUGAUGUGCCAUUUGAAGUAUUUGACACUGACUGUUAAAGUGAAAAUCAUUGCCUCAUUCUCACUUGUGAAAAAACCCACCCAAAUUCUUGGAUGUAAACCGAUGAAAAUACAAAAUACAACACACACAAUCAUUUGUGAAAAUGCCGAUCAGACUUACAGACGAGGAGCAGAGUGAUUUCAGCCUAGACGAUUUCGCCACCGCUAGUAGUGCCGGAACUGACGUAAUGAUGUUGGACGGAACAGGAAGUGAAAUUGACGAGGAGGAUAUAUCUGAAUUUGAUGAGUUAAGCGACGAAUGUGAUUCGGAACAAAAGGGCUCAGAUGAUAGUAUGUCGUCAAACAAGGACAAACAGAGUGAAAACAAAGGAGAACAAGAACCCAAAGUACCAAAAAAGCGCGGACCGAAAAAGAAACAGAUGACAAAAGCUCGCGUUGUGAAACUUCGAGUUCGCCGUGUCAAAGCGAAUACACGCGAGAGAAAUCGUAUGCACGGUCUUAACGACGCAUUGGACGAACUACGUGAGCAUGUGCCUUGUUAUUCCAAAACUCAGAAACUUUCCAAGAUUGAAACCUUACGUCUUGCACGUAAUUAUAUUUUUGCCUUAGCUGAAAUUUUGAAAUCGGGGAUGAAACCCGACAGUGUGUCAUUUGCUAAAGCCCUGUCUAAAGGCUUAUCGCAGAACACAAUGAACCUGGUGGCCGGGGGCCUUCACCUCAACCCCCGCACAUUAUUGCCAGAGUCCUCCUUCUCUAAACCCUACCAGUUCUACUUCAACAACUCGUACGACCUCUGCUCGACAGGAAACGCCACAGUGCCUUAUUCUAGUCCAUACCAAAUGCAGCAAAUAACAAACAGUUACAGUCAGCCCAUCAAUAGUACCCAAAUGCCAGUCCACUCUGUCCCCAUAUCCCGUCAACCCAUCACGUCAUGUCAAAACAAUAUGUCGCCAAUCCAUGCUUCCGCCCAGCCUCUUUCAUAUAUGACACCAAGAAACAACAGUCCCCUACAGGCACAGACAGCGAACUCCUCCCUCCAGAUGGAAGCUAUGACAUCUUCUAAUUUUCUUCGUUGUGACAGUUCUGUGGAUUAUCAAUGCAAUGGGUUGGGACCGGCGAUGUACGGUAAUUCUAAUGCAAUGUCCGGACCCGUGCCAAGUGUUCCGGAUUGUAGCUCAUAUACUUUGUUGGAGGAUCUGGUCGAGUUUCAGGCGGACACACAUGUAGAAAAUGACCUCGCUAUGAUGAAUUCAACGGCAAACUUGUUCGACGUGACAGGGUAAUGUGACGUCACUGUGCAUCAUACGUAUGAAACUGGUGGGUAUGACGUCAUUAUUGUUGCAAGCAACUGGUAAAUAUGACGUUACCGAUAAUAACAUUCGACAUGUUGAUAUGACACCAUAGUGCCCUACUCCGGACAGUUAGUUACCCGGACGUCUAUUUCUAUAUCUGUGUGGCUGACGUCCAUCUUACUAGAAACAAAUCAGUUGAAAGUAAUGUCAGUUCUUUUCUACUGACGAUAUAUUUGUUUAUAACAAAAAAUGGAAGGCUAGUCAUCAGUAUUCGUUGAUGAAGAAUUUGGACACGAACAUUGCUGUAUCUGUCGUACAUGUCUUGAUUGAGCUCCUAUGGUGAGCUAGCAUUGCCCAGGUUCAAAGACACACGAAUAGUUGAUUAGACAGCGACUUGGCUCACACAUUCCCACGUGGUGGUCACCUUGCUCGACCCUUCAGUAAUGAGCGCGUGUGUAUUUAAAUAUUGAUAGGGUAACGUGAAUCACCAAGUCUGCUGUUGGUUGCCAGUCUACGAGACGAGUGUUUUACACGUGCCUUGUGUCACGUGAUAUUUCUAGUCAGCCCUGCAAACAAUAAUUUACAUGUCAUAAACAAUUGCUUCCUUUUAAUAUUCUUAAUUGGUUAUAUUGUUUUCAGAAUGAAUUAAUGUAUAAAGUUGAUGAAAUAGUAUUAUUUAUUAGAAAAAGAA